AAGGGAAAGAGGGACCGGUCUCCCGUGCAUGAUACAUCCGCGGCACCAACACACUUGGGAGCAAUGAAAUCAAGUGCAGUAAAAUUUUGUGCUAUACUACUAAUAAUGCUGUCAUCAGUUGUGGUUCACACAGACUGCUGUUCUAGCAGAUCGAUGCCAAAAUCAAGACCUAGGCCAGUGCCACACUUUCGCGGUGUGAUGACGUCCGCCACCACCACCUUUACGGUGAUCCGUCCGGAUGCGACCUCGUCGUCGAACCGGGAACCGCCCGACACAGUUUCGACGGGGAUGGACUCGCGCCCUACGGGCGGCAGUGGCGGCAACACGGACGCUGGCGGUCCCGGCCGUGGUAUCAGCAGCACCAGCACCGGCAACCCGGCAAACAAAGCGAACGGCGGCGGCAGGGACGACCCGGCGCCUGGCGGUAGUGGCGUGCGCGUCGGCAACGCGAAGGACCAGCUGCUGAUGCGGAUGGGCAAGUGUUCGCAGCUGUUCGAGGAAAAUUACUGCCUGAACGGUGGCAAGUGUUACAACUUCACGAUCGCCAACUCGACCAUGCCUACGUGCGAGUGUGCGGACGGUUUCAUGGGAGAACGAUGUGAGUCAAAGUACCUGGAUGGGACCUACCUGAGCAUGCGCAAGCCGAAGAUUCACAUCGAAACGGCGAGCAUGUAUUACGGGGCAUUUCUUGCCAUGAUGGUAGUGCUGGCUGUGUUCUACUAUCUGCACUGGCUCAACCAUUGCCGCUAGCGAACGAUAACGUCGCCGACGGAAACGUCGGC